UUACCCAUGAGAAUUUAAAAUUGGGAAAGUUGUUGGUCAAUACCUUUGGCUUUGGCUUUGGCAUUUAAACGUUGACCCCGGAAUUUGAAUUGAUUGAAUUACCUUAUUUUUUUGUAUACCGAUAUAAUUUCCAUUUUAUUGCAAAACUUGUAGUCAUCCAGCGUUUACGUUGUUUCAUAUUUCCCUUAAAAUAUAAAGAAUAACGUAUAUCUGCAUGUUGGUUAGCUAAAGCCUGUCGUAAUAUGGGUGGCAUGUUAUUUUAUAAAAUUUCUUAUGUGAUGGCAGUCUCGCUCGCCGAGAUGAUCCAGAGAAUCCAGUUUGACCAUUUAAUCCUCAUCUCGUCUGGAGACAAGACCCCGAUUCAAAGGAGAAGGACACAUUAAAUCUCUUAUAUAAAUGAGAGAUCAAAGAUUGGAGUAAUACAACGUGACAAUUGUACAGAUCGCAAAAGAAGUUCAAAAGGAAGCGAUAAUCCAAUUUAAAUGCACACAUCACGGGGGGAGGGGUGGAUGGUGGUGUGAUUUCAUAUUGCUUAAUAUGGCUAAGAAGUCACUGCCUUAAUAUAUGUACAAUUUAACAUUUAAUUUCUGGAACCAUUAUAUGUACAACUGUGUUUUGAUAGUUUAAUCCUUAAUACUUAGCAGUUUAGUAGGCUAUCUUAUAACUCAAAUGUGAUUUACAUCACUUGUUUUACUCUCCCUGUCAGUAUAUGAUUGUGUUUAUAAAAAUGUCCCGAGUUUUAGCGUAUCACGCUGAACCACAUUCUACACCUUUCAGUUUGGAAAUCGGCCAAACUUGUGUCUGGUGUCAAGCUAGCCUGAACAGAUACUUUCAGACAUCUAAUUUUUUCACUUCAUUCCAACGAGGGAGGACUGCGCCCACCCCUUGUGUUAACGUUUUAUACCUGAUAGUAGCUCAUCGGCUUUCCCAACGCAGCAAAUCUCUAUUCAAACGGGGAAACGCAUAUGAUCAACAGCUUCUCCUAAUAAUCGCCUCAAAUGGUUUUACACUUAAGGGUUUGCCUCCGAUAUCUACUUUGAUUUUUUUUUCGUUCAAGACAACUUUUUGUUACCACUUGUAGGUACUACUGAGUAGAUAGAAAAAAGGGGACAGUAGUUUGUGGCAUCGCAUGUAUCAUUGUUCUUCUUUUCUGCCAAUGGAAGCACUAAGAGCAGGUGCCUGAACGCAUGCCGAUUCAGCCAGUUGUUGUAAUAUGAACUUAUUGCCUACUGGAAUAUGUUUUUAUAUAUCUGUAGCAAUCUGUUGGUUCACGUCAAGGGUCGACGCAUCUUGGUGGUACAUGGGCACCCUAGGGUCACAGGUGAUGUGCGACAACAUCCCUGGUUUAGCUAACAAACAGCGUCAGCUUUGCCGCCAGCAUCCGAAGAUGAUGCAAGCGAUUGGGGCUGGGAUUAAAGAUUGGAUUGGUGAAUGUCAGUAUCAGUUCCGUAACCACCGCUGGAACUGCAGCACUCUGGCGCGGGACCACACGGUAUUCGGAAGAAUUCUUCUUCGAAGCAGUCGCGAGGCGGCCUUUGUUUACGCCAUCUCCUCGGCCGGCGUGGUCCACACGCUCACCCGCGCCUGCAGCCAGGGGGAGCUAGAGUCCUGCUCCUGCGACCCCGAGAAAAAAGGCACGUCCCGGGACGCCAAGGGGGCCUUCGACUGGGGCGGCUGCAGCGACCACGUGGACUACGCCCUCAGAUUCACCCAGGCCUUCAUCGACGCCAAGGAGCGGAGACAGAGGGAUGCCCGGGCACUAAUGAACCUCCACAACAAUAGAGCCGGCAGGAAGGCAGUGAAGCGCUUCAUGAAUCUGGAGUGUAAAUGUCAUGGUGUCAGUGGCUCCUGCACAGUGAGGACAUGCUGGCUCGCCAUGGCGGACUUUCGCCACACGGGGGAGUACCUGCGUAUGAAGUACAAUGGGGCCGUCCAGGUGGUCAUGAACCAGUAUGGCACGGGGUUCAGCCGUGCCUACAGGAAGUUCAAGAGGCCCACCAAAAAUGACCUUGUGUACUUCGAGAACUCGCCCGACUACUGUGUUCGUGACCUGGAGUCGGGCUCAGCUGGCACGGGUGGGCGUGUCUGCAACAGGACUUCAAGGGGCAUGGACAGCUGUGAGGUCAUGUGCUGUGGGCGGGGCUACGACACCUCCCGGAUGGGCCGCACGACCAAGUGCGAGUGCAAGUUCCACUGGUGCUGUGCCGUCCGCUGCCGGGACUGCCACGAGGUGGUGGACGUCCACACCUGCAAGGACCAGGACAGCGCCACCUGGCUGGGGCAGAUGUGACCCGGGCCCAUUUCAUUCAUGGGGACGUCAGCUAACGGUGGUGAACAUGCAUUAGGACUCAAACUCACUUAAGAGGGGAUGCAAGCAGUAAGCCUUGCUUGUGCUGCACAACACCCUCCUCAUUGGCUGAUGUUCCCCAAGACUGAAUAUUGUACAAGCCAAUGUCUCACAGCUGAAUUUGACACCGCCACGAGUACCUGAAAAGAUGUCCUGCAUAGUGUUUGGCCAAAUUUUUCUUCUUUUUUAUUUCAUUCAUCAUUCACAAAUGUAUUUAUUGAAGCAUUCUUGUACCCAGAAAAGAGCAUCUGAAAAUG